AUGGAUGAUGAUCUAUGUGGAAAAUUUGAUUUUUUGAGGACGUAUUUACCCGAUGACUUAGACAAAUCCGUAUCACUUGAACUUAAAGAUCAUAAAAGUUUAAAAAAUUAUUGCCCUAUUACAGGUUCAGGAGAAAAUGAAUGUGAUAAUAAUCUCGGUAAAAUUACGGCUGGAUUUUUAUGGUUACUUGAACAAUGUUAUUCUAUAUCCAAAAAUAAAAAAUAUAAAGAAAAUAAUACUAAUGCAUUUUUUCUAUACAUGAUUUCAUGGUUUAGUUACAAAUUAAAUCAAAUCAGAGGACACGAUUCCACCAAAAUAAACGAUUUUUAUACUAAACAUGUAAUUAAUAGUCAUAAAUAUGAUAAUUUUACAAAUACUGCCUAUAGAUUUACAGAACUUAAGGAAUUCAUAGAUGAACGAAAAGAUUUGUUGAAUAUUAAUAUUGACGAUCUGUCUAAAUUUUAUGAUGCAUUCAAAUUAUUAUGUAAUAUACAUGGUAAUGCUGCAAAGAGUGCAAGUGGAAUGACACUGUCAAAUGAUGCUACUCAUUUUUUUAACGAAUAUACAGAGCUUAACAAUGACAGUAAAAUUGAAGGUACCGCACGUAAUAAAAUAUUGCCCGUUUUAUCAACUGAUUAUGAUAAAUUAAAAAAUAAAUAUAAUGAUUUCCCAUCCAUUCCAGAGAUAAUAGCAGACAUUUCUGCACUAACAUCUGAACAUGCAUCAUCAAGUUCGUUGAUAGGAAACAGAUUAUUUACAGUUUUAUCGAUAUUUAGUGCAAUAGCAUUUUUUUUAGGAAUUUCUUAUAAGUAUUCGUUAUUUGGAUUUCGGGAACGAGCUCAAAAACAAUAUUUAAGAGAAAAAAUAAAAAAUAUAAAGAAGAAAAUGAAUCGUUAA